GCUUUUUAUCAAACAUUUGCUGUCGUCUGCCUAGUUGCGUGACAUUUUUUAUCGGGUUAACUAAACUUUGUUAUUGAAUAAACGGUGAGACAACAAUCUACCUUCAAAAAAUGAACUCUGACGAUGAAGACAGAGACAGCAGUAACAGAGAUACUUCAUCGAUGUCGGACGAAGAAUCUGAUACCGACAUAGCCACAGUUCUUACCCAGCUCAUCAGGAGUGGCCGAGCUCACAUUCUUUCAGAAAGAAACUCAGUAUUUGAAGAAAGAAACGAGUCUUUCUUUGAUUUCCUUCCAAAUGCCCAACCACCCCCUGUUGACAGCACACCUGAUUUAACUGUUCUUGAGGGGACUGAUUUGUACUUAUCAACAUCCCUAUCAUCAGGAAUCUACAAGCACGGUUGCAAAUCCCAUUCCACUCGUGUGACAUCACUACUGUACCAGCGUCAAGUAGGGAUGAAGGGUACAGGGCAUUUCUCUGGUGGAGACAGGAGCUAUAUUGGCCACAACUAUUUGCCUAACAAAUUCAAACAAGUUGCCAACUGCAAUCACAAAAUGUUCUGCGGGACAUAUUCUAAAGAUGGCAAUAUUUUCCUCAGCGCUUCACAAGAUCGAGUUAUCCGUGUGUUUGACACAUCAAAAGGCGGAUUUGAUUGCAUAAGGAAAAUCCCCGCCCGAGAUGUCGGAUGGAGUAUUCUAGACACAGCGUUCAGUCCUGAUGGACGUUCCAUCAUUUAUUCUAGUUGGUCGGAAGCCAUCCACCUUUGUAACAUUUACGAUGAGGUGGAAAGACAUGAAGUUCUCCCACUUUCCCCGGAACUCCGACGGUUCUGUAUUUUCAGCCUUACUUUUUCUCAAGACGGAAAUGAAGUAUUGGGUGGUGCCAAUGACGGCUGUUUGUACAUUUACGAUUGCGAAAAACGACAGAGAACACUCAGGAUUGAUGCCCACGAAGAGGACGUGAAUACUGUGGCCUAUGCUGACGAAACUUCGCAGAUCCUAUUUUCUGGAGCGGAUGAUGGAUUAUGCAAAGUUUGGGAUCGUCGAACGUUGGCGGAAAACGGAGAGGCUAAACCGGUGGGCAUUCUUGGUGGCCAUGUUGACGGACUUACGUUCGUCGACUCGCGUGGAGAUGGCAGACAUUUGAUUACAAAUAGCAAGGACCAAUCCAUCAAGCUAUGGGACAUGCGCAAAUUCUCAGGAAACGAAGUUCAACAAAAGACUAGAUCGUUUAUGAACGCCCAAAGUUGGGAUUAUAGUUUCCAAAACGUUCCGUGGAGGCUGGCUUCCCCCAAAAACAAGAUCGCCGGUGAUACUAGUUUGAUGACAUACCGAGGACACAGUGUCUUAAGAACUUUAAUUCGAUGCCGUUUCAGUCCAGCCUUUAGCACUGGGCAACGUUAUAUUUACAGUGGUUGUGCAGCUGGAAAAAUUUUCAUUUACGAUGUCCUGACUGGAAAGCCUGCAGCGAUUCUGAUAGGUCAUUCUGAAUGUGUUCGGGACGUCUCUUGGCAUCCAUACUCCAUGGAUAUUAUCGAUUCAGCGUGGGACGGCCGACACUUCAAGUGGUUUCAUUCCUCAGCCGAUUCCGAAGACGAAAUGGAUUUGGACACGGAAGAGUACAUUACCGACAGCGAAUCCAACGAUUCCAAUCCUAAUUGGAUGCAAAGGCAGCGCCGCUCAUAUCGAGAUGACGACGCGGCUGAUGGCGGAGGUGAUCGCGAAGUGCGUAGGAGUCCACGACUAGCCGCUCGAGCAACUCCACAGACGGCCCGGAGAACGUCACAGAGGCAGCGACAAGCAGCCAGCCGCCGCCCUCCUUCAUAAGUCUUGUCCGCACCAUAUAUAUCCUUUAAUACAACACACUUGUUUCGAAACACUUCAUAACUACAAAAAAAUUACGCAACGCAGUCAUUUGUUUCAAUUCUGUGUACAGUUAUUGGUGUUACCUUUAACUGAAGCAGGCGUGGUGCGCUCAAUUCACGCGCUUCUAUCGAUACGUUAACCUCCCUCUUUUAUUUUGGUUUUUUGUGAUAGAUGAUCAACUUCCUCCCGGGUACGAUGCAUCUAGUUGUGCUGGAUAAUUUGAUGCGUGUGAAACUCUCAAGUAAAUGAGAGUGGAAAUUUCCAAGAACAAUUCUUCUUGUUAUUUGUAUAAUUAUUAUUUUUUUUUUUUUAAUUUUUUUCUCCUGGGUCUUUUAUAUGUUU